AUGUUAGAGAAACAACCACUACGCCAGCGGAACACUCAAAAGACUUAUGUGUUCCUUAUUUUUUCGUCAUUAUUUGCCUUAUCCAUCUAUAGCAUCGUGCAAGCAUGGGUUCCCUUUUGGAUUUUGGGACCCAAGAUAGAUCAACAGUCAGAGCCACCUUCUACACACCUGGCUUCACUGGGCCGGUCAACCAAGUUUCAACUAAAACAUGUUUUUCACCACGGAACAGGAAGGUACAACCGUGUACAUCGUCGUUUAGACAUCACUCCUGAGUUCUUAAGCACGCAUGAGAACACCCUUGAGGAGCUCACGGAGGCGAUUUACGCCCAGGGAAAUGAGCACGUAGAUUCAAAUAGCGCCGACUCCGUCAUGUCUCAGGUAGGCAUAUCUCGAGCUUUCGGGGGCCAAAAUCCAUGGAGUGCCGAAUUAGAGAUUCGUUCUUCGGAGAGACCAGCUCGGUUGAGGAGGCUCAAAGAACGACACACACCGGGGUUUCUAGAUAGCUACUUACGGUAUGCGAUAGAGGUCAAAGGAGACCCAAAAAAGCUAGAUGGCAUAGGGCUUGAAUGGGAGCCCGAAGAGGACGUUUUGUUGCCUGACAUCGAAGACAAGGACUCCGUGGUAGCCCUUGCCCUCAUCUCAUCAAAUGCAUAUGUGAGGCUACCCUUGAGCGAUGACGAGAAGAAGAAGCUGGACUGGAUCGAUGUGGGCGAUCCUUGGGAUGUAGAUGAGGAACACCCAGAUAUCAAUUUUGGGUGGCUCGAGGACGGGCUUCGAGGGCACGUUUUCGUUAGUAACGACUCCAAGACCGUCGUGAUUGGCAUUAAAGGCACGUCUGGUGCUGGUCUUCCAGGAGGUGGGUCUGACGAAACAGGCGGAAACGAUAAGAUCAACGACAAUUUGCUCUUCCUGUGCUGUUGCGCUAGGGUAGGCUACAUGUGGACCACAGUGUGUGACUGCUACGAGAAGACAUACACAUGUAACCAGGAUUGUCUUGAGAAGGAGCUUUUGAGACAGGAUAGAUACUACCAGGCUACGUUGGAAUUGUACAGAAAUGUGACGAAGUUGUACCCUCCAGAAACUACUGAUAUAUGGGUGACGGGCCACUCGCUUGGAGGGGCGCUAGCAUCGCUUCUUGGUAGGACUUACGGCUUGCCUGCUGUUGCAUUUGAGUCGCCAGGAGAGAUGCUUGCAACCAAAAGACUACAUCUACCUCAAGCUCCAGGGCUUCCUCGGCACAUGGAGCACAUUUGGCAUUUUGGGAACACUGCCGAUCCGAUCUUCAUGGGAGUGUGCAACGGCGCCUCAUCCUCAUGCUCCGUGGCGGGUUAUGCCAUGGAGACCGCCUGCCAUACGGGCAAAAUAUGUGUCUACGACGUGGUGACCGACUUGGGGUGGCACGUGAACUUGUUGAAUCAUCGUAUCCACACGGUGAUUGACGACAUCAUUCUCAAGUACAACGAAACAGCCAAAUGCGUGGACCAGCCGCCAUGUCGAGACUGCUUCAAUUGGCGGUUUGUCAGUAAAGAUGACACAGAACCCGACGAGCCCAAGUUGCCUCAUCCACUCAAGUCCAAGCCAAGUAGCCUGAGUGUAGCGAAGCCUACGAGCACAUCUUCAAGCAAACCUACAGAAACAGACAAGCCCAAGAGGUGUUUGGAGAGAACAUGGUACGGAUGGUGUAAGAAGUGGGAGGGCGAAGAGUAA